AAAUAAAUGAUAAAAAAGAAAACAUACUUGUAUAUUCUUCCAGAAAAAAAACUAGACAAGCAAUUAAAAAUAAAUGAUAAAAAAGGAAAACAUGCUUUUACAUUCUUCCAAAAUUUAACUAUAUAUUUUUUCUUCUGAUGCCAUAGUAAGCCAGGUCAAUUUUGAGGUCGUGGAGGCGCUGUCUGACCUCUUCUUGAGUCAGGUCAACGCUACGUUCAGCCACCCCGCUUGUCCCGUUCCUUAUACUCUCUUGGGGGGGCGGUGCAUCUCCAUAUUUUUCCCAGCAAAGCUCGACUGGGGGGCAGCUCGAGCCUUUUGCAACGUCGUGGGAGGCGAACUGUUGACGCUGCAACACCACGAGGAUUUCCAUACACUUGUUACCCACCUACAGGAGACCAACAUGGUAUCCGACUUCUGGCUCGGAGGAUUCUUGUACAACGAGACGGUGGGCUGGACCUGGCUCGAUGACACCCCCGUGGAGUUGGGCACCCCCUUCUGGGCCCUCAGGCACACGGAGGAGUGCCACAAGAGGAACAUGACCAUCAACGAUAACAUCACUCUCCACGUCAACGAAGGCCAGUGCUAUCACUACACGCAGGCGCCCCAGAGUCCGCCCUUGGGUCACUGCCUCGCCCUCACCUACGGCAACUACUUCUACAUGAGCGACGAGCUUUGUCUGGAGAAGAGGAGUCCCCUGUGCAUCGCUGCGGCUUAGGAGGGGAUGCCACGUCAGGAGCGCCGGGUCUUGGUGUCUUGGUCCUUCAGAGGCUAUUUUGAUUGUGGGAGUUGGUCGUUCGGGGAAUACACGGCUGAUAUAAAGGUGUGAUAAGCAGAUAUGAUUAUGUUAAAUAUUGGAUUUGUAGAUGUCAUUAUAGAUACCAUAAAUGUGUGCGUGUAGGCAAUAGGUAACGUUGACCGACCGUAUACAUACACACAAACACUCACAUACACACGCAAGCACAAGCAUAAACAUACACAUGCCCACACACACACAAACACAUGCCCACACACACACACACACACACACA